AUGGAAGAUGAUUUAUUUGAAAGUUUUUCAGAAAUAUCACAAACAUCCCAAUCUGCUGUUUGGAAUGAUUUUAAAAUUGGAGAAUCUGACAGUAAAGGCUAUUACAGUGCAAAUUGUAAAUAUUGUAAUAAAGGAAAAUGGCAACAUGGAAGACCUGCAAUUAUGGAGUCUCAUUUAGCUUUACAUUGUAAAGGCGAAGUUCCUGAAAAUAUAAGAUCUUUACUCAAAGCUUUUGUUUGUGUAGGAAUUGCAUUUUCUGUAAUUGACAAUCCAUUCGUUCGUGACCUUUUUAGUAUAAUUGAACCAGGUUAUACUCCUCCUAGCAGAGUCAUAUUAGCAGAAUGA